GUAAGGAACGCAUCAUAGCCGGAAGUUGGUAGUUUCAACCGGAAGGUCGGAGUUCAUAAGAUCCGCAUUGGGCGCCUUCAUGGUGUCGGGUUUUUAACGUGAAAUAGUUUAAAAGGUGGAGUAGUGGUUUUAUUACGAGCUGCAAAAUGGCUUCUGAAUCUGGUUACGGUCAGCCUGGCGCUCCACAGCAAAGUUAUGCAUCUUACGGCGCGCCUCCUCCCCAGGGCUAUCAGCAGAGUGCGCAGGGCUACGGUCAAGGGAGUGAUGGAUCAUCGCAUGGUGUUCAGAGCUAUGGCAGCUACGCACCGUCUGAGAACUACGGACAAAACACCCAAGCCUAUGCUGGAUCCUAUGGACAGCAGUCUCAGACCGGCUAUGACGGCUACGGCCAGCAAGGCUCAGACACAUCCGGAGGGUACAGAGAGAGAUCCUCGUCGUAUGGACAGCAGCAGCCGCAACCGCAGGCCUAUGGACAGCCACCUCCACAGCAGCCGGCGUCCUAUGCGCAGCCGCAGCCGACAGCCUAUCCCCAGCCGCAGCCGGCGUCCUAUGCGCAGCCGCAGCCGACAGCCUAUCCACAGCCCCAGCAGCGGCCUCAAGGCUUCGGCCAGCAGGGGUCCUACAGCCAGCAGCCCUACGCCGGCAAGCAACAGGGGGAUUUUGGACGACGCAACAAUUAUGAUGAUGAUGAUGAUGAUGGUGGUCAGGGCAUGAGAAGAUAUGGGGGAGGCGAUGACAGGUCUGAGGGGUACCGAGGCAGAGGGCGUGGGGGAUACGAUCGUGACGGAAGAGGUGGCCCCCCACCCGGUAUGAGAGGUGGUGACCGUGGUGGCUUCCAAAAUUACGGUGGGACCAGAGAUUAUGGACAAAAAAACGAUUCUGGGGGGGACGAGGACAACUCGGACAACAACACUAUCUUCGUCCAGGGUCUUGGAGAGGAUGUCACCACCCAAGAAGUUGGGGACUUCUUUAAGCAGAUUGGCAUCAUAAAGGUAAACAAGAAGACGGGGCAGCCCAUGAUUAACCUAUACACCGAUAAGGCCACGGGCCAGCUCAAAGGGGAAGCCACGGUCUCAUUUGAUGAUCCACCCUCUGCCAAGGCUGCUAUCGAUUGGUUUGACGGGAAGGAAUUCAAGGGGCGGCCGAUCAAGGUGUCUUUCGCUACCCGCAGGGCAGAAUUCUCACCCCGGGGUGGGGGCAGAGGAGGCCGUGGAGGUUACCGAGGUGCUCGUGCAGGCUUUGGAGGGUUUGAUAUGAGGGGUGGAGACUGGCUUUGUCCAAACAGCUCUUGUGGCAACCUGAACUUCGCCCGACGGUUUGAGUGCAACAAGUGUAGCACUCCUAAGCCGGCGGACAGCUUCGGAGAGCGUGGAGGUCGGGGCGGCUUUGGAGGCGACCGUGGCGGGUUCAGAGGCCGCGGGGGCUUCCGUGGGGGUGACCGUGGAGGUGGCUUCAAGAUGGGGGGCAGAGGUGAUUACAGAGAAGAAAGACGAGACCGGCCAUAUUGAGGCUGUUUGUGUCCCAGAGCGGGUUUUUUUUUUUUGUGGUGGGGGG